AACGGAUUAUUUGUGAAAAGUUGUGCGUGCGUGCCAAAGGGUGAGUGAGAACGACCGAUUUUAUAUGAAUUGCUUCUCAAUAAAGGCAAUUUUACGGUUAUUUGUUUUCCCGCCUGCAGACUUUAUUACGACGAUAAGGUGAUUAGAAAAAAAGUCUGAAAAUGAAUGAAACGCGUGCCAGUAAGAGGGACAAAAACCAGCACAUCCAGGUCUUCGUCCGUGUCAGGCCAACUAAUAAUUCGGAAAGGGCUCAAAAAUCAAUCACCGUUGUUGAUGUUCCUUCCUGCAAGGACGUGGUAGUGCGCGAAAGACCACAGGACAAAAUUUCCAAAAAAUUCUCCUUCGAUAAAGUCUUUGGGCCAUGCUCAAAACAAAUAGACGUUUACAAUGCAGUGGUCAGUCCAUUACUGGAGGAAGUACUUGCAGGUUACAACUGCACUGUAUUUGCUUAUGGACAAACUGGAACAGGAAAAACAUUUACGAUGGAAGGUGUCAGUAAUGAUCCUGCAUUGCACUGGCAAAGUGACACGAGCGCUGGUAUAAUUCCUCGUGCUUUGAGUCAUUUGUUCGACGAGAUACGUUUACUCGAUGCUCAGGAAUAUUCGGUUCGUGUGAGUUUCCUAGAAUUAUACAACGAGGAAUUGUUUGAUCUUCUCUCUCCAAAUGACGAUGCAUCAAAAAUCAGACUUUACGAAGACGCCUCGAAAAAGGGCGCCGUGAUAAUUCACGGAUUGGAAGAAGUCACGGUUCACAACAAAAGUGAGGUCUACAAAAUCCUCGAGAGGGGCUCCGAGAAAAGACAAACUGCUGCCACUUUAAUGAACGCCCAGUCCAGUCGAUCGCAUACCGUUUUUUCAAUUACCAUUCAUAUAAAGGAGAAUACGGUUGAUGGCGAGGAAUUGAUGAAAAUUGGAAAGUUGAAUUUGGUGGAUCUCGCUGGAAGCGAAAAUAUUGGAAGGUCAGGUGCUGUCGACAGGAGGGCGAGAGAGGCUGGAAGCAUUAAUCAGUCUUUAUUAACUCUUGGGAGAGUUAUUACCGCUCUUGUGGAACGCGCUCCUCACAUUCCCUAUAGGGAAUCGAAAUUAACUCGACUCUUGCAGGAAUCGUUAGGAGGUCGAACAAAGACGUCGAUUAUUGCGACGAUUUCGCCAGCGAGUGUGAAUAUUGAUGAGACGCUCUCGACCCUCGACUAUGCACAUCGAGCCAAGAAUAUCACAAAUCGACCUGAGAUCAACCAGAAGCUUUCGAAGAAGGCGCUACUCAAGGAGUACACUGAAGAAAUUGAGCGAUUACGACGCGACUUGGCAGCCACUCGAGAGCGCAAUGGCGUUUAUCUUGCUCAGGAAAAUUAUAUGGAAAUGCAAACGCAGAUCGAUUAUCAGGGAAAAGAGAUCGAAGAGAAAAUUAAUCACAUGAAGGCUCUGGAAGAAACUAUGCUCGCCAAGGAAAAAUUGUAUGACGAACUGCAGUCCGAGUUCAAAACUCAAAGUCAGACACUCUAUCAAACAAAAGACCAAUUAGAUAGCACUAAGAAUAUUUUAAAAUCUACUGAGCAUGUUUUAAAAGUAACAGAACUCGAAAGAGAAAUGCAGAAAUACCUUGUUGAAACUCACGCGAGUACGGAGAAAGUUUUGUUAACCCAGGCAAAAACUCUACUCGAAGUUGCAGAAACAGCAUCCACCGAUACUCAAAAACUCCACGACAAAAUCGUUCGAAAAAAACGCGUUGAGGAGGAGAAUGAAAAUCUUGGACAACAGUUUCGAAGUAACAUCUCGAAUCGUUUCGAAACUAUGGAACAAGAUUUGUCAAUAUAUGCUCAAGAAUUAGUGCAGUUUCAUAUAUCUAUGAAAGACCAAGUUGGUUUUCAGACGGCAGCGUACAACAGAGGUAUCGACAAAACUAUUCAUCAUAUUUCAAACGAAUUAGUUCAACAAGAAGGCAAUACUUCACGCAAACUAACCGAAGAUGUGAACGAAUCCUACGAUUAUUAUUACAAAUGGAUAUUGACACAACUUCAAAACACUUCCGGUGUCUCCGAGACUGAAACCGCGAGAUUGCACAACAUUUCUGCCAACUUGGCUUCCGGAUUGAGCAAAAUUGUCAAUAAUAAAGUAGCCGAAAAUCUGCGUACUAUAAAUGAUGAAAUCUCUUUGAAAUUGGAAAAUCUCAAGGGUUUUGUGAAGGAAUCUCUUAAUUUUGUGUCGAACCAAUUUCUGGAGGAGCGAAAUUGUCUCGCGGCGGACUUGGAAAGUUUGAAAAGAGUCAACAUGUCCUGCGUUCAGAACCAAAAUAAAAUUCAGCAAAACAGAAAAGCGUUCGAGAAGGUUUUUGAAGACGCCUGGCAUCAAUAUCAGAGCAUCAAAAAGAGUGACGAGGAAUCUCAGACAGCCACUUUCCAUUCGUUGGAAGAAAUGGGUGGCAAGUAUGAUCAGAUGAACGAUCAAAAUGUGACGAGGUACAAGGAGAAUGUUGAACGAGACAGAACUUUCGGCGAGAGAACUGAGAGGGACAUUGAAGUUAUCAAGGCGUCGGUAACAUCUGGAUUAGAAAAGAAUUGGAGUCUAGCUGAAGCAACAGUCGCUCAAAGCCAAGAGUUCGUGAAGGAAAUCGAAGCAGGCCUAGGAGAGACCAGAAACGCAUUGACGGAGUAUCGAAAGUCUGUUGAAAUUGGCGCAGCUGAGUUGCAAGCAAGGACAUCAAUAGACAAGAGUGCAAUUUUAUCUUCCGUUCAAGAACUGCACAAGAUUGUGGUGGAUGCAAGUGUCGACCAUGUGGAGUUCAUGGAAGAUGAGCGUAACAAAGUGGAGAUCAGUUCUAUGGAAAUUGGUCGUAAAUUGGAGAAUCAGAGUGUAGAAGCCACUGAAUGGAAUAGCAGAAUAACUGCAGAGUUGCGCAAAACGCAACACCAAAUUGACAAGUUCCUCGUUGAAGAUCUUCGCCGAGACGUUCCCACAGGGACUACUCCUGUCAGAAGAGAUUUCAAUUAUCCUAGACAAUUAUCUGCAACAUCGCCGCACGAGAGGAUCAUAAAAAGGUUCAGGCAAACUAGGAGAAUCGACAUAGAAUCCGAAGACGAGGAAACUACGUUGAGGAACGACACAAUUUCGAGUGACAAAGAGUCUUUGAUGACGCCUCCAGCGACAGUCAAUAAUCACUCUACGUCUACUCCCAAAAGCACUUCGAAAAUUCACUAUAUAAACGGCAGCAAUGUCCAGGCUUCUAACCUGGUUAAGGCUCAUUCGACUUCUGAUAUCUCCAUCAUCGCCAGCAGGGCAUCUCUUGAUCUCACCACUCAGUCAGAAUCAGAUUUGCAAACAAAGCAAAAUGACAAGGAAAACGACGAAGAGGAAUUUGUCAAACCAAACAGCUCGAAGAUCAAGCGAUUAUCGAAGAUAAAGACGAGUCGAAGGGUUCUUGGUAGUUGCAACUAAUUUUAUCUACAUAGGGGUAAAUUAUAUUUUUUGCAUCUUCGAUGAAAUAUUUGCUUGACUUUGUUAGUUUUGUACUUGUAGGUAAAUGUUUCGAUGCCUUUUACCUUUUUAGCAUUGUUACUAUCAUAUAUACAUAUUUUUUUUUAUAUCGACGUAGGUAUUACCAUCUAUUUUAUAGAUCUUCUUCGCGAGAUAAAUAUUGCUUUUAUCAUUUUUCUACUUUUAAAGGAGACGAGAUUGUUUGAACCCAUCUCGUACUUUUACGGAAAAUAUUACGUUUUUUAAGGAUGCAUUGGAAAGCAACAUCAUCAACUUUCUUUAAUAAAGAAUCCAAUUCUUAUCUGCAUCUAAUGAAAGACUCUCGACAAGUGAUUGAUAUCGAGUUGGAUGAUCAUUCAUAUUUUAUCCUAAAAAAAAAAUAGUUUUAGGAAAAUAUAUAGGUUACUGUGUAAUAACAUUUCUUUUUUCUCUUUAUUUGUAUAAAGUGAGGUAUAUAUACGUUUGCAAAAUUUACUUUUAAGAGCAUCCGAGAAAUUCAGUGCAAAACUAUUUCAGCAAUGUCAAAGAUGCAAAAUUUACAUUGCAAUAAAAGAUCGUCUUUGAAAAAUUAAAGUGUUGCAGCUUAUAGAGAACUAAAUUUAAAUGAAAGUGUUUACUUCGGCCGUUCGCAAAUUUUAUAUUUAAUUUCAGCUGACGUGCAUGAAAUUGGUAUUCAUAUCCAUAUAUGUUUUUAUAACUUCUAUGUCUGUCUAUGUUCGUAAUUAUUACUUAUAAAACAUAAAAUUAUACUACCAAGUAUAAUUUAUAUGAUAUUUAAUGAAGUCAAUACAUUUGUACACUGAUGACGCUCAAGAUUGAGAAAAAGGAUAUUAUAUAGACACUAAAUAUAACAAUUGAUAUAC